AUGUCGGCGGCGGUACGAUAUGCAAUGGGAGGAGAUGGGUGUCUGACGUGGGCAGUGGCAAUGACGGCGUGGUUCCUGCUAGGGCUCUACGGGAGCUUGCUUACGUACCGCAUCUUCCUGCACCCGCUAAACCGCUUUCGCGGUCCUAUGGCGGCGCGAAUCAGUGACCUGUGGCUGUGCACGCAGCUUGGCGGUCACGAUAUGCACCGCCUCAGCGAGCGCCUUAGUAAGCAAUAUGGCGAGUUUGUGCGCAUCGGCUCUUCGACGCUGAUGCUCACCCAUCCUCUGGCCGUUGCCGCCAUUUACGGGCCCGGCAGCCCAUGCCGCAAGGCUGCCAUGUACGACUUUGAGCAGCCCAACCGUGGCAUAGCGACGCGUCAUGAGCCGCUGCAUGCUGUUCGACGACGUGUAUGGAGCCGUGGAUUUGGAGACAAGGCUCUCCGCACCUACGAGCCCCGUGUCGCUGCAUAUGUGCACAUGCUGCUUGGACGACUAGCCGAUGCCCGCGGUGAGCCCAUCGAUAUGGCCCGCCUGGCAGAGGCGUUUGCCUUCGAUACCAUGGGCGAUCUUGGCCUCGGGACCGACUUUGGCAUGCUGCGCGACUCCCGCAUGCACGAAGCGGUUGAACAGCUCGUCAAGGGAAUGACCAUUAUGGGCUUAAGGUUGCCCAUGUGGCUGAUGCGUCUGCUCGUUGACGUCGCGCAGUCGCUGGUGCCCACCGAGGCCUCGACGGGUUUCCUGACCUUUUGCUAUCACCACCUCGAUCGCUUCAUGGCCGACCCCAAGCGCGGCGAGCGGCCAAGCCUGAUGGCCCCGCUGCUCACCUACUACGAGAACCAAGACGUCGUCGAGCGUGACCUCUCGGCUCUCCGCAACGACUGUCGCUUCAUCAUCAUUGCUGGCAGUGACACCGUCGCAGCCACCCUGACGUUUGCCUUUUUCUAUCUCGCCAAGUACCCUGAACAUGCGACUCGCCUGCGUGACGAGCUGCUGCCGUUCCGCGCUCCUGACGGUACAUUUUCCCAUCAGCGAAUCUUUAACGCCCCCCAUCUUAAUGCCGUCAUCAAUGAGACGCUCCGCCUGCACCCGCCCGCCUCUACUAUUUUACGCGAAACCCCACCCCAGGGUAUUCUCGUCGGUGAAACCUUCAUCCCCGGUAAUAUGACCGUCUUCUCUUCUCAAUACGCCUUGGGCCGCUCCGAUGCCAUCUAUCCCAAAGCUGCAGACUUCAUACCCGAGCGCUGGCACUCUCGACCUGACCUCAUCAGAAACAGCGCAGCUUAUGCGCCAUUUUCUGUUGGCCAUCACAGCUGCCUGGGCCGUCCUUUAGCGCUGAUGGAAAUGCGACUUACUCUCGCAGAGACCCUCUCACGAUUUGAGGUGGCAUUUGCGCCUGGAUUUGACCCUGAUCAUUUCCUAGAUGACGUUCAUGAUUGCAUGUCGUGGCAUAUUGGCAAUCUAGAUUUGACCUUUACGCCGAUCGAGUAA